UAUGGGCUGCAACAGCUGAGCUACACAUAGACUCAAAUUCAAUAGUCUCGAAUCGACUACCUACGGUUGAAAAAUGAAAAUGUUUUUCUCUGCAUUAUGUUUAUUCGUAUAUGACUGAAGUGAAUUUUGCAAAAAAUUAAGUUUAGUUGUGCUUUAAAAAAAUUUCAAUCAGAACGUGACCGACGAUUCUUCCAGACGAGAACCGUAAAUAUUUUAAAUCGAAAUUUUCCAUCAACGCUUCCUAUAUUUUUGUCACUAUUUGACAUUUCCCAUUCCUGACUUCCAUCUCGAUUUGUCACAACACAAAAUGUGAAUUAGAUACAUGUGAAGGUCGCGCUAGGAGUGUUUGCUGUUGGCUGUUGCCAAUUACGUUUUUCCGUACCAAAUCGGUAAUAGUUGCGUCCGAGCGCGCGGCGGCCGUGAUUUACGUAACGACCUUCUGUCACGAGAUUCCGCACGUAUCUUGGGCGAAACUGAGAGCGCAUUAUCUUAUCAGAAUCUUGUGUUUAUAACAGAACAGCUGGACUAGCAGUGUCAAAAUGUUGUCCGUGUUAUGUACGAGAACUGCGCUCAGUGCGCGCUCGCUCGAGCGCUACGCCUCGAGCGUGGUGGAGCUGCCAAAAUUCCAAGACUUCGGAGUUCAAAAUGAGCCGGUUCUGGGAUACCGCGCCGGGAGCCAGGAGCGGAACGCGCUCGUCAGCGAGCUGAAGCGCACCGCCGCCGUCACCGAGGAGGUGCCUAUCGUAAUCGGAGAUGAAACCAUAAAAGAGGGGGAGCCGAGAUUUCAGGUCAUGCCGCAUAACCACGGCCGUAAGAUCGCCAAAUACUACUACGCGAGCGAGAAAACAAUUCAAAAGGCCAUCCAAGUGUCGGCCGAGGCACAGAAGCGUUGGGACCGCACACCACUGGAUAAACGGGUGGAGAUAUGGCAACGCGCUGCAGAUCUGAUGGCGGGAGAACACCGCCAACGUCUGAACGCCGCGACUAUGCUGGGCCAGUCCAAGUCCGUAGUUCAAGCGGAGAUUGACUCUGCUGCUGAGCUUAUAGACUUCUUCCGCUUUAAUGUAUUUUUUUUAAAGGAGAAUGCUAAAUAUCAGCCCAUCUCUGAAGACCCCUCCGUGACCCGCAAUUCUCUUAGAUUUAGAGGUUUGGAUGGGUUCAUUGCUGCUAUAAGUCCCUUCAAUUUCACUGCAAUCGGAGGUAACUUGGCUUACACCCCAGCACUCAUGGGAAACGGUGUGUUGUGGAAGCCAUCUGAUACUGCCCUUCUUUCGAAUUGGCGCAUCUUUAACAUAAUGCGAGAAGCUGGUCUUCCAUCAGGAAUUGUAAACUUUGUGCCAGCUGAUGGCCCAACUUUUGGACGCACCAUCACCUCAUCACCACAUCUGGCUGGAAUCAACUUCACUGGAUCGGUCCCAACAUUCAACUGGUUGUGGCAUGAGGUAGGAAAGAACUUAAACUUAUACCGCAACUAUCCCAGACUGAUUGGUGAAUGUGGAGGCAAAAAUUACCAUUUCAUUCACCCAACUGCUGACAUACAAUCUGUUGUGAACGCUACAAUCAGAUCGGCAUUCGAAUUUUGUGGACAAAAGUGCUCAGCUUGCUCAAGAAUUUAUAUUCCAAGAUCUCUUUAUGAACCAAUCAAAGAAGGUUUGCUCGAGGAGAGAGCUAAACUGAAGAUAGGAGAUCCCACAGACUUCAAAGUGUUCACUGGUGCAGUUAUUGAUGACAAGGCAUUCGCUAGAAUAACAGGUUAUAUCAAGAAUGCCAAGAAUAAUCCCAAGAACAAAAUCCUCGGAGGAGGAGAGUUUGACGACAGCCAGGGUUACUUCGUCCAACCCACUAUUAUAGAAACCAGUGACCCUCAUGACAAGUUGAUGACUGAAGAAAUCUUUGGCCCCGUGCUGACUGUUUAUGUGUAUGACGACAAAGAUGUAAUGAAAGCCCUGUCCCUUGUUGGAAGCUCAACAAAGUUUGCUUUAACUGGAGCGGUGUUUGCCAAGGAUCAAAGCUUUCUAGAGAAGGCCUUUGAAGAAUUGAAAAUGACAGCUGGUAACUUCUAUAUCAACGAUAAAUCAACAGGCUCAGUAGUUGGACAGCAACCAUUCGGCGGCGGUCGCAUGUCAGGCACCAACGACAAGGCUGGUGGCCCAAAUUAUGUUAUGAGGUGGACUUCUCCACAAUCCAUUAAGGAAACCUUUGUGCCCCUCAAGGAUAUUGACUACCCGUACAUGAGAGAUUAAACAGAGAUAAGAAAAUAUUCAAUUUAAUGUAACAGUACAAUAAUGAUCUAUCAAUAACUAUCAUAGUUAUAGAAUUAUGCUUGUUUAAAAAAAUGCUGUUCUAGUGAACUAGUAUUUAAAUGUUGAUGUGUUGAAGAAAAGAAAUUAAUUAUUUAUUCUCACUGCUACUAUACACUAGUAGUAGGGGAAGAGUGAUUUGUAUAUUGUGUUUAUUUAUUGUAAAAGGUCAUUAAUGAAGUGAAGCAGUACAAUAAUAUGCUAUGCAAUAAUGUAAGAAGUCAUAUGAAACGUUACCUGCGCUAGCUGUAGCUCCCACUUUGGGGAAAUCCACUUCUCAAUGUGAUAAAUUUAUUAAUUAUGAUAAAUAUAAUUUAUAAAAUAUGUGUGCUCGCUGGUCCCUCGGCCACAACUGCUCUUAUCUUAAUAUUUUAUUGUCCUCUUAUCAUUAACUAAUUAUUUGAACUAUCUGCCUCUGCUCUCUCGAGAUAAUGCAUUUAUGCUCUUCAACUUAUUAGAGUUUUGUUUCUAUUAAAUUGUCUUCAAAGACCUGAUUUUUUUCGAAUAAUAGUAAUAUUUGUGCUGUGUAUUUAUAUUUAUAACAUAGUAUAGUUGUGAUUACUGUCACUGUUAAUUGAUGCUCGUUAAUAAAUUUAAUUAUUAUUAA